GGGAGCUGAAGUUUGGGUGGGAGGCGGAGGACCAGGACGCCAUUGCAGCCGCAGCUGGCUGUGAGAUAAAUGUCUGAAAGGAGAUAAAACGUUCUGAAACUUUCUCCUACCGACCGGAGCUUUAAGUGGUCUUAUUUAUAAUCCCCCCUGGUGUUGAGUGGGAAAGGGAAGUAAAAUGGACGUUUCGUCUUGGCAGAGGGGGCAAACGAGGAGCCUGAGCACCGAACAAAAGCAGGUACUACGCCGUGCUCUACCCAAUGAUCUACCCCAUGAAGAUCACCGGGAACCGGGCGGUGGUGGUCAUCGUCUACGUGUGGGUGCACUCUCUGGUGGGCUGUCUGCCUCCUCUGUUCGGCUGGUCCUCCUUCGAGUUUGACUGCUUCAAGUGGACGUGUGUCGCGUCGUGGUCCAGGGAGCUGAGCUACUCGGCCUUUUGGGUCGCCUGGUGCGUCCUUCCCCCGUUGCUCACCAUGUUGGCUUGUUACGGGGUCAUUUUCCGUGUCGCCCGCAUGAAAGCUCGCAAAGUCCACUGCGGGACGGUUAUCGUAGCCCAGGACGACCCUACGGGAGCUCAGAGGAGCGGACGCAAGAACUCGAGCACUUCCACCUCCUCUCACGGCAGCCGGCGGAGCCUCGUGUACGCAGGGAGUCAGUGCAAGGCCCUGGUCACCAUCUUGGUGGUGAUCGGCACCUUCCUGGUGACGUGGGGGCCGUACGUGGGCGUGGUGUGCACUGAGGCGCUGUGGGGCCAGGGCAGCGUCCCUCAGGGGCUGGAGACCCUGGUGGCCUGGCUGUCUUUCUGCAGCGCCGUGUGCCACCCGCUCAUCUACGGCUUGUGGAAUAAAACAGUGAGGAAGGAGCUGCUGGGGAUGUGCUUCUUAGACCGCUACUACAGAGAGUCGUUCGCCACGCGCCAGCGUACGUCCCGUCUGUUCAGCAUCUCCAACAGGAUCACAGACUUGGGUAUGUCCCCACACCUGACUGCCAUGCUGGCUGGUGGAGGACACUUGCUGGCCCCUGGAAGCAGCACAGGGGACACUGGCUUCAGUUUUACUCAGGAUUCAGGCACAGAUGUGAUGCUGUUAGAUAACUCCUGCACGGACGGCUCCUCCCUCCUGCUGCAUCCUGGGAAUCRGUCCGGGAAGAGGAGGAGCUCGGUCACCUUUGAAGACCAGGUGGAGCAUUCCAAAGCUGAAAACCCGUCCUCGGUCCAAGUCCACGCAGAGGUCCACAAAUCCCUCGACUUAUUCGCCUCCUGCUUGGCGAAGGCCAUAGAGAGCGACGCCAAGCUGGCGCUGUUUGGGGAGAACGGGGCCCAGCAGGGGGGGCUCUUUGUAACGAGAGCGGCGCAGAGACCCAGGUACCUGGACGGGCAGAGACUCAGACUGGAAAGCAUCGAUGAAGGGAUCYUUAAGGACGACAGAGAGGAGGACCAGGGUGUGGAGGAGAAACUCAUCUGAACACUUAAACACUGAGCUCUGUGGUACAGCCUGGGACGUUUGGAUUAGCAAACAGGAAGUGGCACAUGAUUCAUUCCACUAUGAUGGAUGGAGGAGAGUAUCAAACUUUUGUAUCAAGUGUUUACUUUUAAUAUGAAGCCUUGGCUACUGUAGCUUAACGGGUUUGAUUAUUAGUACUUUUAUAAAUAUUUGUUUUCUAUCUUGUUUUUGUUAGUGUGUACUCUCAAAGUGAUCACAUGCUGCAGUGGAGCUGCGUAAUAUCAAAAAAGACCAGUAUUUAUCCAAAAAUAUGAUAAUUUCCUUGUUUUAAAAAAAAUGACUCACAUUCAGUUGCAGAUUUCAGCGACGCGUGGACGUGCAGAAGUUUUGAGUUACCGUUUAAUUAGCGGUUUUCUGUGAACACGCAGUCCUCGAGUCGCAACUAUUUGAGCUUUAAAGCGCUUAAUUACAUUUAAAUGACUAAUUAUCAGCAUCUUUACUCUGUCGUGUUAUCAAAGCAUUGCAUAAAUGAGAGAGGUUCACAUUUUCCCAGCUCACAAGUUCAGGCUGACUUUGCAAAAACAUCUGAUACAUUUAGGUUGAAUUAACUCCUACAAAAAGGUUCAGACUACAGGAUUUUCAGUUUUUGUUUGAUUGUUUGAAACUACUACAGGAAUCAGCUACAUGCUUCCAAAAAUGUCUGACAGAGCUUUGUUUUCACACAACCAACAGUGAGCAACCAUCAAAGCAAGAUUUAUCUUAUAAAUUAAUCUGCACUGUUAAACUUUGGUAAACACUUGUCAUGUUAAGAUGGCAGAUCAGAAUCAGACACAGUGAAGCUGUAAUAAUAAUAAUAAUGAUAUAAUAAUAAUAAUAAUAAUAAUAAGGAAACCUGAAAGGAUCAGAAAACCCUGCAGAUUUUUAGGAUGUUUCUAUGGCAACAUUUUCAGAGAUGUUUUGUUUCUUCUCUAAACACUUCAUUUAUACAAGACAAACACUUGUAAAUAUUCAAAUUAAAGACAGCUGAAUUUCAGAUUCUCAGUUUGUACAUUCUGACAUCGUCAGGACUUACAGUACUUGAACACUUAAACAGACCAACACUAAUGCACAUUUUACUCCUCAUGUCAGAAUCACUUGUGGCUCUGUCAGUUCAGGAUCUGGAGCUUGAAGAAGGGACUCGCUGCUGUAACCAGUGUCCUGAUAUUGUAUUGAUUUUUUUUCCUUUUUCUAACUGUGGAUUCAUCAUUUUUGUGCUCCUCCUCAUAACUUGUAUUUAGAGAAGGACGCCCAACGAGUUACUAAAUGGGCUGAGUUAUUUAAAAGACUGAUUGUUGUCUAAACAAUUUCAGGAAUAAAUUAAACCUUAUUAGAUGUUUAGUCAACUCAGACAAAAAUGUUCAGUGGUACAUUUAGUUUAUCUGUUUUAACUCGUUUUACUUUUAUAAAAGUUUUUUAUGGUCAGUAGAGCUCAGUUCUCAAGCUUCAGUCUUAUCUUGUAUUCUUAUUUUUUAUAUUUGAACAAGUAUUACGUUUGUACGAAAAUGAUAAUGCCUAAGAAUUGAUGUCAUCUGUACUCAGUUGUUUGAAGCUAUUGAUACAGAAACAUUUGCAUUAAAGUUUUAUAUUAAACGGUUUACUGUCCUACAUGGCAGCUGGGACAGAUUGUCA